AUGGGCUUCUCUCCCCCACUCUCUGAGCCUCUUCCUGAUAGGGAAUCUUCAUCUGUCACAUCUUCCUCUUCUUCUUCAUCCUCUUGUUCAGACAUCUCAUCUUCUGGCUAUGGCUGCUGGGACUGUGGCUGGGGGAAAUUCCCUGAGUUUUCUGGUUGUAAAGAGGCAUGCUGUGUUUGCUCUUUCCUCCUUAGGUACCGGCAGCUUCCUGGAUACCAUCACCAUGUCCUUGUCAAGGAUUGCCUGAAUGCCACUAUUUACUUCCUAAAGAACCUGGGAACCUUUGGGGUAGAUCCCUCCCAGGUGGUGCUCUGUGGAGACAGUAUUGGAGGGUGGGCUGUGGUCAUGAUCACACAGAUCUUAACCAGCAUCCAGUGUCUACCUCAAAUCCAGGCUCAAGUUCCGAUUCACCCAAUUGUGAAUUUCAUCAAUUUUCAGUUACCAUCCUAUCAGCAGCACAAAAGUGUGCCAUUAGUUACCAAAGACUUAAUAUUUACAUGUAUUUGUAAAUACCUGGCCAUUGACCUCUCUUGGAGAGAUGCCAUGUCGACAGGUGUGAUUAUACCUCUGGACAAGUGGAAGAAGUUCGGGAAAUGGUUCAGCUCUGACAACAUCUCCAGAAGGUUCUGGAGCCAACAUACACAACCGGAGGUCCUUGGACCUUUUAAUGAGGCUUCCUAUUUAGAAACCAACCAUGUUUGGAGUUCAGAAAUUUCACCUCUUCUAGCAGAUGAGAAGAUCAUUGCUCAGCUUCCUAAGGCAUUCCUGGUGAGCUGUGAGAAUGACAUCCUCCGGGAUGAUGCCUUGCUGUAUAAGAAGUGCUUGGAUGACCAGGGCAUCCCUGUGAGCUGGUACCACCUAGAAGAUGGUUUUCAUGGAUGCCUUAUUUUCUUUGAUAAAAUGUAUUUCUCUUUCCCCUGCUCCAUGAAAGUUGCAAAUGCUCUCAUCAGUUACAUAAAAGGCAUUUGA